AUGGCUGCGCCGUCUUCUUCGGUUUUUUCUCUACCACUACCGUCUUGGCUCCAGCCGCCCGGCACUCGCGUAUCUCAAUAUGACCGCCGGAAACGCAAGAAGAGUGUGGGGUGGAGUGAAAGCGAUCUGGAUGGCGAAGAAACAACUGAUAUCGCCUCGGCUACGGAAUCCGAGCCCGCUGGUGCUCCAUUGAUAUUGACGCCGAAUGAAUCCCAUCAAUACCGAAUCGCGGGUUUCCCAUUCAACCAAGAAUUGCCCCAAGGCCAUUUCCCUCAUAAGCCAGAAAAGGAUGAGAAAAUCAGAAGAGAGACUACCGCACGCCACCUCAAAGACUUGGCAGCAUUAUCACCUCCAAUCUACCCUCCUCAGUCGGCCCAGCAAGGCAACAUUCGCUUCCAACAUCUGGGUGCAUUGACUGCCAUUUUACAUCGAUGCAUGCUCCAAGGUGAUUAUGUUCGAGCCGGACGAGCUUGGGGUUUGAUCUUGCGCGAAGACUACAGAGGCUUUCGAAUGGACGUCCGCAACGAAGCAAGGUGGGGCAUUGGCGCUGAAAUCUUGCUGCGGCGUGACCAACAGGAAACUACAGCCAAUCCUGAUACAAAGGUGUCGAAUGCAAUGGAUAGCACACCCAUAAAUUUUACCGCCAAGGGCUUUGCUACAGCCAAGGAAUAUUAUGAACGACUCAUUCUCAACCAUCCGUUCAUGAAAUCUUCACCACAGUCUAUUUCCUCCUUGCACUUCUAUCCUGCAAUGUUUGGGCUUUGGGUGUAUAGCACCCAGCAAGAAAGCAAGGCGACUAGGAAAGAUAUUGUUCUUCGCCAAGAAGAAGACUCUGAUGAGUUUUCUGAGGAUGAAAAUUCAGAGUUUGAAUUUGGUCAUCGUGGGAAAUCACGAGACAAGACAGGUGCUGCCAUCACAGCAACUAGGGCACGGGAGUUGGAACAGGCGCAGCAGAUUGCUACACGUAUGGACCAGCUUCUAGGGUCUCCUCCAUACUCUGACUCGCCUGAAUUGCUGGAGCUCAGAGGCAUGAUCUCUUUGUGGAUCGGUGAUCUGUUGCUGUCUUCGCUGUCAUUACCGGUUGGCUUUGAAGCAGAUGACAACCCCGACCGGAUGCUUAUGGAUGAAACCCCAGGCUCUCUCGAAGCGAGACUUGAACACAGGCUUGCAACUGAAAAGAGAGCAGCCGAGAUCCAAAAAUCGAUCGAGCUCUUCGAGAAGGCCAAGAAACGAGGCAGGAGUGUCGCAUACAAUCUGGAGAGUCUUCAUAUUGAUGAUGACUCUGCUGAUUGA